AUGGAUACCUCACUGCUCUCAUCAUCGAGAUCGAGUGUCCAAGGCAUCGCGGGCGCUGCCAUCGGACUCUCAAGUAUACUCGUCAUCUUUCACAUUGUCUCAAGGCGCCUAGCAAAAGCCUCGGUAUGGUGGGAUGACAGUUUAUUAUGGUUGGGUGGUUGCAUGACUCUUGUGAUGAAUGCUCUCUUCAUCCAUGGAGCACAACUGGGUCUCGGUGCAUACGAAGACCAAGUCUCGUCAUCACAACUCGAAGGCAUCUUCAAGAUCCUUUUCACCAACAAUUUGAUUCAUCUAUGGGCUCUUGCCUGCAUCAAGGCUUCAUUGCUACUCUUCUUCAACCGCAUGUUUGCCAGCUCCAACAACACUCUCCGUUGGACUGUCUACUUUUCUCUCUGCCUCAUCUUUGUAUGGGUCAUCACUUUCACUGCUAUCUCAAUCUUCCAAUGCACACCAGUCUCAUUCUUCUGGGACAGUAGUGUAACCGGAACAUGCAUCACUACCAGCUGGACUUCAAGGACAGCCAUUGCCAUCUUUGACACCAUCUUCAACCUGGCCACUGAUUUUCUCUGCUUGAUGGCACCUUUCCAGGUCCUUCGCAAGCUGCAGUUGACCGGUGGUAAGAAGGCUGGCCUGGCUGCCGUCUACCUCCUCGGGGGAUGCAAGAUUGUCAUCACUGUCAUUCGCGUCCUCUACCAGAUCGACACUCCUUACCUGGCCUCGUCCGACUCUCUCUACUCAUCUUUUGCUCCCACUAUCUUCCUCAUCAUUGAGACCAACAUUGCCAUCGCUUGCGCAUGCUUGCCUUCCCUCUCCGUCACCGACGGUCGCAUCAUCUUCGUCAAGAGCAAGCUCACCUCUCGCUCCAACACUCCCGAGAUCCUCGAGCCACCCAUGUCUCCUUACCCCCGCCCCAGCUACCAACAACAACAAUUCUCAGACACCUCUCUUUUCCUGACUGAAUUCAAGCGCCAACCAGCAGCUGAAUUCCCCAUCCUCACCACCAUCACCAGCACCGUCUCGGAAGAGCCUGCUCGUCUACCCAGCCUUGAGCUCGGUAGCUUCGCUCAGUCUUCUGUCUUCGACAUCCUCAAACCUGCCGGCGCCAUUGUCAAGACUUUGGACGUCGAGCAGACUAUUGAAGAGUAUGACUCUGUUCGCCACUUGAAUGUCGAGCAGAGCAUCGAAGAGUACGACUACAUCAUGAGACAAGCGUCCUUCUCAAUCGUUUGA